AAACCCCCGGCGGCGAUUUCAGUAACCGGCAAAAUCUAGGGUUUUGAAAUCAACAACUCAUACCUCUCUCUGAAUGGGGCAUUCAAACGGAGAUUCUCUCAUUUCGGAAGAAGAACAAGACCCUUUUCUAUCCUUCAUCGACUACGCCAGAGCGGUGAUUUCACCAGAACAAGACGAAAUCGAUGAGGAGAAUCCAAGCGAAGCCACGACCGAGUUAACCGGUCCGGGUUGGGGAUGGAUCGCCUCGCGUGUAUUGAAAACAUGUACCGCUUACUCGAGCGGUGUCACUGCCGCCAUUCUCUUAUCCGAUCUCUCUCAGGCAUGGCAUGAGCAGAACAAGCCAGGAGUGUUGAAGAAGAAGCCUGAAGUCAUUGAUCAGUUGAAUAAGAGACAUAGAAGAAGGAGACUUGCUAAUACUGUUACUAUAGAUUCGAUUUAUGAGAAGAAUUUUCUGUCUAUGGAUAGUGUUUUGGAAGCUGUUGUUAUCAAGGCUGAUCUUCUUCCUGGUACAAAUAUAUUUAUGCUUACAUUAGGGGAUUUUUGGAGCUCCAAUACUAUUGAUCUCUAUCUACAUCGCAGAUAUUAUGAGUUGGUGGAAACUCCAAAUGGGAUACUUAGGAAAGGCAGAGAGGUUUUAAUCACUGGAUGCUACCUUCGUACAGCUAGAGAAGGAUGUGGCACUCCACGGUUACUUCCAACAGAAUAUCUUGUCAUUUUGCUUGACGAGGACGAAGAAGAAGAUGCAAUCUUUAUAGUAGCUCAACUUUGUUCCGAUACUUUUUCAUCUGUUUCUCUUGAUGAUUUCAACAAUGGAACUUCAUACUCUUUGUAUGCUAGCAGGAUUGAAUCUAUAGGUCCUCUGGAAUCUGAACUCAAGUUUAGUACUGCGCACAGAAGGCAAAUUACACUUGUAGAUGCUGACAACGUUAGAUUAAACUUUAUCUUGUGGGGAGACCAAGUCAUCGUGGCAAACCUCAUGAGUGUGGGAAGUAUGCUUGGGCUUGAGAGGCCUUAUAUUUCUAGUCUAGAAGAAAGUGCAAUGGAAGGAAAGGAUGAGUUCUGCCUUGAAUAUGGUAGCGCAACACAUCUCUACAUAGUGCCAUCAACCUUACAAGAGGAAACGGUUUGUGUAUCAUUGUCCCAGAAUCAGUGUCAAGGAUCUAAACUACUUGGUUCAGUAGGAGUUUCGCAGGUGACAUUGCCUCGUGACGCCGAGGGGUCUAUAGACUUCAGUAAUUAUCCUUUUCGGACGAAUAUAACAGACUGUCGCGAUAAAACCACUGGGAUCAGUCUCUAUGGUGUUGUAACAGAUAUAUACUGUGAAUCAAAUGCCACUGGAGUGGUGUUUUCUUUGAAAAUUGAGGACACAACCGGAGCAAUAUGGGCUAGGCUCCACUUUAACAGUCACUGGUAUCAAAAUCGUUUCAUUCAUUCUAAAACGUCAUCUAAAAUAUCAAUUUGGAUGAGUUCUUUUUUUCUUUGGGUAAUGAUUCUCAGGUCGUUGGGAAGGUUAGGACUUGGUCAUGUCGUUUACGUUUCUGGCUUAUCCUGCAAAAGCACCAAAGAGAAUUUCCUUGAGGUGUUAUGGCAUGAGAAGAACGAGAAAGCUACAUUCAUCAACCUUAGCUGCUUACCUGCAUUUCUAACCUCCUCUUGUCUUCACAAAAUCUCAACCCUCUCCCAAAUCUCAAAACAGAGAAAACCUGCAAUCAACAUAUGUCGAGUUAAGAUGGAUGAGAUUGACCAAUGCCAUAGCAUAAAAACGAGACUAUCACACAGCGUCUGCGGCCAUUUCAUAGACGAGGAUUCACCACUACAUGGAGGGAAUCUACAUUGCAACUUCUGCCGUUUAACUUUGAACAGUAACGCAGGAUCAGAGGUAGUGAGAACGUUCCACAUAAUGAUAACACUUGCAGACGAGGAAACCACCAAACUAUACGCAUGGUGUACUGGUCAGUCAGCAUCUGCUAUACUUCAGAUCUCUCCUGACGAAUUCUGUGACCUCCAUGAGGAUGAUCAGCUAAUGUAUCCAUCUUCAUUGGAGAAUGAGUGGUUCCUAGUGACGUUAGCUAACAGCGGUGGUCGGAGUUUGUCUCAUGAGAGGGAGGCGACUUGCUGGGAGAUCACCCGAGCUCUCAAGAUUUAAGCUACUACCAUUAUUGUAAGAUCUCAUAGGGGUCUAUUUUAAAAAAUCUUGUUAUAUUUUAUUUUUUGUUAAAAACUGAUUUGUUCUUUUAUUAAAACUUCUAAAAAUUUAUACUAACGACUUUACAUGUGACUAUUCUAUUCAAUGUGAGAAUUUGC